AUCUGGCCUUGACUGACCAUAUACCCCUUCUCCCAUAAGUUGCGUGCGCUCUAAGUAGUCUCUCUCUUCGCAACUUCGACUCCUUCUUGACCCAGAAAAUUCAUUCCGAGCAAAACCCAACAAGCCAAUGGAAAACCCCAACCGAGGCAGAGGCAAAGCCAAAGCCACCCAAACUAACGACGACGACGACGACGACGACAGAGAAGAGUUCAAGUCAGUCCUCGCUCUCCAACGUCAACAACUAAUGGAAGCCAAAACCUUAGACUCUGAUCUUGACUUUGCUUUCCAACUCCAAAUGGAAGAAGCUGUUACCGCUUCUCUUUCUCUUCACCACUCUUCCAUUUCCCAAGACGUCACCCUCUUGCCUCCUCCCGAAAUGGGUUUUGACUACUUAACUCUCUUGCUCGAAGACAUAGACAGGUUCGAGAUGGAACGUAAAGACAGGGAACAAACCGAGGAAGAGAUGAGAAAACUUAGGAACGAUCUGAACCGUUCGAUUCACGAUCAAAACUUUUCUAGCUACAUCAUGAAUGUCCCCGAAGAAGAAUGGAAGGAGUACGGAGACAAUUACGAAAGACCCUUCGAUGGUAAUGUUGCAACCGGUGUCAUUUCAACUGAGGGUUUUAGAGUUUAUGUGAAAGGCUUGGUUAGUGAAGAGAGUUUAAGGGAGUUUAAUGUUGUUGUGGGUGGUGUUGGAGUUGCCAUUUGUGAUUUUAGAGAUAAUUUGGUUUUGGAAGUGAGGAAAAGGUUGGAGGGGGCGGAAUUCAUGAGUGGUGAAAUGGCUGGAGUUGAGGCUGUGGUUCAUGGGCUUAAUGCGGCUUUGAGUUUGGACUUGGAAAGGGUUACUAUUUUUGUUGAUGAUUUCUUGGUUUAUCAAUAUGUUACAGGCAGAGUGCAACCAGGGCAGAGUAAGAUGGGGACACUAGUCAAUGAGGUGGCUCUUUUACACAAGAAAUUUACUUACUGCCAACCAUCUCUUGUGGCACGUAAUGAUAUGAAAUUUGCAUUGAAGCUAGCAAGAGAUGCUAUAGUCUCUCAGAUUGCCUGGUCUGCAGAAACUAGCAAUGGCAGGGGUUUGAAGGAGACUUGUGUGAUAUGUUUCGAAGAUAUUGAUGCUGCUCAGAUGUUUUCAGUCAAUGGUUGCUUUCACAGGUAUUGCUUUUCUUGUAUGAAGCAGCAUGUAGAAGUCAAAUUGCUAAAUGGAAUGGUGGCUAGCUGCCCACAUGAAGGCUGUAAUUCUGAGGUGACUAUUGAUAGCUGCGGAAAAUUCCUGGAUCCUAAAUUAGUUGAGAUCAUGAGCAACCGCACGAAGGAAGCUUCUAUUGCUGUUUCAGAGAAAGUUUAUUGUGCAUUUCCAAGGUGUUCAGCAUUAAUGUCAAAGAAUGAGGUCUUGCAAUAUACUAGAACCGUAUUGCUUGGUGCUGAACAAUCUGGAGCCAGAAAAUGUGUGAAAUGCCAUCGCUUUUUCUGUAUCAGUUGCAAGGUUCCCUGGCACUAUGAUAUGACCUGCUAUGAUUACAAAAAAUCUAAUCCUUAUCCCACCAAAGAGGAUGAAAUGCUCAAGUCUCUUGCUAAUAAAAAACUAUGGCGUGAGUGUACAAAGUGCAAAAAUUUGGUUGAACUUGCUGAAGGGUGCUAUCACAUCACUUGCAGAUGUGGAUAUGAGUUUUGCUAUACUUGUGGAGCUCAGUGGCGUAACAAGAAACCAACAUGUUCAUGUCCAAUCUGGGAUGAGCGAAACAUUAUACGUGAUCGACGAAGAAGGCAAUGAUCUAGAUUAAAAUAGUGACAAGACAAUGAUCUAGAGCUCAAUAGCUCUAGCUGAAGAAAUUUAGGCAAUUUACUUCCAUGAGUUCCCUCUUUUACUUUCCCUUUGUCUGCUUCUCCCCUUUCUCAAAACUAGAUUUUUGGGGUUUAGAGUUUAUGUUUUCUAGAGGGAACGCUUGGGGAAGUUAAUAGGAAUUUGAUAAGUAUUGAACCUCAUGGAUUUUUACGUAAAGUUGUCUGCAAGGUUAGGUUUUCAUUGUUAUUUUUCAAGAAUUUUGGCAUUGUAUUACCAUUACCCUGCGGAAGGUAUUGCAUAUUGCUGGACCUUUUUAUGAAAGACCCCUUUUGGACAUCCUGUAGAAUUUGGUGAAGCGGAAAUGGUUUUCAUGAGGAUUGGUAGCACC